AUGUCAGCUUCUAGUAAAUUAAAAUCAUUUACAGUGAAUACUAUUUAUGGAAUUUCAGAUUACUUUGCACCUAGUCCAAUCAAAUGCUUUAAACAUGUUCAACAAACCCACAGUUUUAUACUGGAAUUUUAUGGCUUUUUAUUUAUCAGAAUAAUAGAAGUUAAGCAUAAAGAAGUAGGCAAAGAAGAACUAGUAAGCGUGUUUCUUUUAGAUGCCUUUAACAUUCUAGACCUUUUUUCUUCGCUAGGAUACACCCAAGAUACCGCUGCACAACUGUGCGAUAAACGAUCCCCAUUUGCAAAUGUGGAUUUAUUGGUGACUCCCCCUCCACAAGAUAAGCUCAUUGGUUUAGAAAGAAAGAAGAUGUCAAGGUCAAAAUAUUGCAUGGAUUAAAAAUAAAAUAUUCUUCUUUAUCUUCCUUCCCCUUAAUGAUUUUGAGCUACUUGAUAAUCUGGAUACAUAAAUGCUCUGGUGUCAGGUAUAGUCUUUUCCGUAGACGUGUACAAAGUAUAUAAUGCCGCACACUGAAGACUGCUGUACUGCAAGGCCAUAAUAGGAACAUUCUCUCUGUCCCAGAUACUAUUCGAGAAAUUUCUGUUACUUGCAGAUUCGAAAUCAUCCUUUGCAGCCUUUAGUAUCCCGAGGUUGGGCCAAUCCUUGAUGUACUUCUCAGCACACUGAAGAAAGUUUGGCUGGUGUCCAUCUGUACCACCAAGUUUGAGAGACAUAUCCAAUGCACUUCCAAGCUUGAUACCCAGCGUUUCUUCAAUAGUCUUUGCCAUAAAUCCAAUCGCCCACGUAACACGAUUCACUCGAGGAUGUGUGAGCAAGUAUGCAAGCUCAUUGUUCUUCUUUGUAUGGAGGGCAUUGUAAAUAU